GGCCGCACGGCCCUAAUGGAAGCGGCGAGGGAAGGCGUUCUGGAAAUCGUCCGGGGCAUCCUGGAAAGAGGCGGCGAUGUUAAUAUUUUUGACAACGAAAGACACCACGCUGCACAUUUUGCGGCCAAAGGAGGUUUUUUUGAGAUCCUGAAGAUUAUUUCUGCUUACGACGGAGAUGUGGGCCUCAUCGCCAUGAAUGGAAACACCCCCCUUCACUAUGCGGCUGCGGGGGGCUUCGCGGAAUGCUGUAAAUUUAUCGGGCAAAGAGGCUGUGAUCCAACGUGGAGGAAUCUGGAGAAGAAGACACCCAGAGCCGUCGCAAAAGACGCUGGAUGUAAAGCAGCAUCCAAGGAGAUCCGUAAAAUCGAGCGCCGUUUUGCCAAAUAUUCCAAGCCGAAACCCGGGGUGAAGAACCCCAACCCGCCCUGGGCUGUCCGGCUACAUGACUGGUCUGUGGAGCACCAAGCAAGCCUCCGGGAGGCCUUUGAGGUGGUGGACCGAGGCGACGGCACCGUCUCCAAGGAAGACUUCCUUGCCAUCAUCGAGGAGAGGUGUCCCUUUGUGGAUACGGAGCAGCUCCCCACUGUGGCUCACGCUCACGAGAAGACCCGUGCCGGGGGAGUGAACAUCGAGGAGUUUCUGAGGGGCAACCGGUACUUGCAGAAAGCGUUCCUCCUCUCGUCUUACGGCCCCAAGAAGAAGAAGGGGAAGAAGGCGAAGGGCAAGAAGGCCAAGUUUGCCAUCCCCUUGCCCAUCUGUGUCAUCCCAGAGGCGUCUCGGCCGCGGCGCCCCGAUGGCGGGCCCCCCGACUACAUGGUCCAGACUUACCAGAACAUCACCGACUGCAGCCGCUUCAACCGCGACCACCCGCCCGAGCAUCCCAUACAGGACGAUUCCUGGUGGUACGUUGAUGACCCGAUGAAAAACUUCUCCAACAUCAACUACCUCACUAAGGCUGGAGACCUCUCGUCCCUGAAGAAAGCGUUUGAGUCGGGGGUCCCGGUGGACGUGAGGGACCAUUUCUACAAGACACCGUUGAUGGCCGCCUGUGCGAGCGGCAAUAUGGAAGCCGUGCAGUUCCUUUUAGAGAAAGGGGCCAGUGUGAAUGCAACGGACAAUUUCAUGUGGACCCCUCUCCACCACGCAUGCCACGCCGGUCAGCAGGAUAUCGCUGAACUCCUCGUUAAAUCUGGAGCAAAUAUAGAUGCCCUCACAAUCAACAGCGGCACCCCGCUCAUGAGAGGCAUCGAGAGCUCCCGUCUGGACACGGUGCAGUACUUAAUCAACAGCGGUGCUAAAGUUCAGCUGGCAAACAGACGAGGUCAGAACACGCUGGAGAUCGCCCGGGCCUACGCUGACAACCGUUUAGUCCACUUUGUGCAAGAUACGAUGGACCGCUUGCCCCACCCGCCCGAGAACAAGAUGGAUAAGCAGAAAGGGAAGAAAGGUGCCAAGCCUAAAGCACCUGCCCCGCCACCCAAGCCCAAGCCCCCCGACUCUGCUGCGAAGGAGCCAGGGAAGGAGGAGGUAAGGAGCACCCAGUUGCCAGAGCCUGUCGUGGAGAAAUCUCUCUUUGAAGAGAAGAAGGAAACCCUCAGGGACAACGUCGUCCACCUGAACUCAUUGAUAACUCGAGGAGCUACCAGGAAAGUCAAUAUCACUUUCACACCGAAGAGAACAUGGAGUCCAGAAGCAUCGACCAAAGACCUUCUCAGGAAGAGGGAGCUGCGUCGGCAGCGUUUUACUUACGAGGUGGACUUUGAGGACUUCAUGAUGCCCUUUAAGAGGAAUUUCAUGCAGAAGGCUCGUAACCUGAACCAGGCUUUGGCCUUACGCUGA